AUGCCUAAACGCAUCCUCUGCUCGUACGGUGUCGACGUUGAUGCAGUUGCUGGAUGGCUGGGCUCAUACGGAGGCGAGGACUCUCCCAGUGACAUUUCUCGUGGUCUAUUUGCUGGAACUCAUGGAACUCGUCGCAUGCUCAAGUUGUUCGAUAAAUACAAUAUCAAGGCAACCUGGUUUAUUCCUGGACAUAGCCUUGAGACCUUCCCAGAAGAAUGUGCUAUGGUACGCGAUGCAGGUCAUGAAAUUGGCCUUCAUGGCUACUCGCAUGAGAACCCGUCAGAUAUGACGCUAGAGCAACAGCGUGAUGUCUUGGAUAAAACACAUAAGAUGCUAACUGACUUCUGUGGAAAACCACCCCGUGGAAUCGUCGCUCCAUGGUGGGAAACUAGCCGAGAGGGUGUCGAUCUGAUGCUUAGCUACGGCAUCGAAUAUGACCACUCAAUGUCUCAUGAUGACUGUCACAUGUACUGGCUGAGGACUGGGGAUAGUUGGACCAAUAUUGACUAUAAACAAAAGGCAGAGACCUGGAUGAAACCAUUAGUUAAGGGUCGAGAAACAGGUCUCGUUGAGAUCCCUGCAAACUGUCUUCCUCCCAUGAUGUUCAUCAAGAACAGCCCUAAUAGCCACGGCUGGGUCAACUCACGAGACGUUGAGGAUCUAUGGAGAGAUCAUUUUGACUACUUCUACCGGGAAGAGGCAGAUGAUCCCGAUAACAUUUGUGUUUUCCCCAUCACAUGUCAUCCCGACGUUUCAGGCCGACCACACGUUCUUUUGAUGCAUGAGAGAUUGAUUGAGUACAUCAACAAGCACGAAGGUGUUGAGUGGGUGACGAUGGAGCAGAUGUGUGACGAGUUCAAGAAGAAGAACCAGCCGCCCGAGGGUGCUUUACUGCCAAAGGUUCAAAGUUAG